UUAUUGACGUCUGUUAUCUCUCCGAUACACACUACUACAGAAAUACACUAUCGCAGUUAUAAUAGGGACUGCUGGCUACAAUGGAUUGCUUUAGGACAAUUCUGAUUUUCAUUUCUGUAUUUUCAAGAAUACAAGCUUCAUCGGUAUGUGAAGAUAUUUUUACAGGAAAGGUUAUCCCGCCAGCAGAUUGCUCCCACAGCCAUGACCGCGCGGAAAUCAACCCCAACUGCAGGAUAGACCUGGCAUCAGACCUAGAACCGGUUAGCGAAGUCGCUUUAACUAUUUUAAGCAAGUCACUUGCCAGCAAUGUGAAGUUAUGUUUUGGUUGCCCUGAGAAUGAUUUCUUGGGUCAGUGUAACACCGUCAUCGCCUGCCAUCCACACACAGUGUGCUACAACGAAACCCACUCGGACAAGUACCACCACACGCGGCAUAUGUAUGGAUGCAUCUGGGAAUCUAACCACGUGACGCUGAAUGGGCACCACUGUAGUCAGCCGGACCAUGGAAGUUCGUCAGGAACAAAGACAUGUAACCAUGACCUGUGUAACUUAAGUGCAAUACAUUCAAAGCAAUUGGCGCAUUUAAUGAAUUCAAUUGCAACAACUACAACUCAAAAGCCCACAACACCGACAACUACAACCACAACUCCAAAACCCACAACACCGACAACUACAACCACAACUCCAAAACCCACAACACCGACAACUACAACCACAACUCCAAAACCCACAACCCCGACAACUACAACCACAACUCCAAAACCCACAACCCCGACAACUACAACUACAACUCCAAAACCCACAACACCGACAACUACAACCACAACUCCAAAACCCACAACCCCGACAACUACAACCACAACUCCAAAACCCACAACCCCGACAACUACAACUACAAUUCCAAAACCCACAACCUCGACAUCUACAACCACAACUCCAAUACCUACAACCCCAACAACUACAACUACAACUCCAAAACCCACAACCUCGACAUCUACAACCACAACUCCAAUACCUACAACCCCGACAACUACAACUACAACUCCAAAACCCACAACACAGACAAUUGCAGCCACAACUCCAAUACCAACAACAGCGACUAAUACAACUGCAAAUCCCAAACCAACAACAUUAUUCUUCACAACUCCGAUAUCUAACACAGCCGAAACCAUUACUACAGAACAGUCUACGUCUGCUGAGCUAAUUAAUUCAACAUCUACCACAUCGACGCCUGUUGUUACAAACGCAGGUGCUGUUAAUUCAACAACCACGCCUCUUCCACCAACACCCUGUAAACAAGGGAAUGGAACACUGAUGUGUACUGACCAUAACAACCCUCCACACUUUGAAUGUCACUCAUUUCAUCAAGAGACCGGCAUUUGUAAAUGGCAUGACGCGAACGGCCACGACUUCGCGGUAGAUAAUUGCGCACAAUACUGCAACUUUUGUGACGAGUAUUGUGAAAAACAGUACAACGCAACAUCAGGUCCAGGCAGCACGUCAACACUUAGCACACAGGCACCGACGACACCACCGACGACCGACCGCCACUGUAUGGUGUGCGGUUCAGAAGAUAAUGGCAUGCCGUGUACUGUCCGACAGACUUACUACAACUCAUCACAUCAGUGCCCCAGCGACAAGGACUUCUGUAUGACGUCAGUCUUUGUAGACGAGACUGGGUAUUCAAGCAUCUAUAAAACGUGUGUGGACGAGACCACAUGUAUGAACAAGUGGUUGGCUUUCUCCUCCGAUAACGACUACUGUCUAUACUACGGCAAAGUCAAUAUCGCUGGGAAGUACCAGUGUCACUUUUGCUGUACGGAUGACAAUUGUAACACAGACGUAUAUCCAUCCUCUCACAUGUACGUGGGAUAGUGCUCACUUUCACUACCUAAGGAUUCCAUCGUGUUUGUCACUUUUUGUAACUUCAAUUAAACAGUAAAACGAUAUGGACAGAU